CAAACGUUCAAAAUAAAGUUUACAGAUUUAUGGAAGCAGCUUAACUGGUAUAGAUUUUCUAACUUGCCAAGCUAUUGAAGCUCUUUAGUUUUCCGAGGUCAAGCAGUUCCAGCACGGAGCUCUUCAGAAACUAAGGGAAUUUAUGCUCUAGUAGAGAAACAAACAUGUCUGUCAAGUUCUUGAUUCUCUGAUGACUUGAAGUGCAUGUAGGCUGCAAUUUUAUAAAUGAAAUCGCUUCUCUGGAAAAUACCCAGAAAGAUGAGCCAAAAGUGUUUACUCUGAGACGGACGCAGGUUUCCUGAAAUGGCGUUUAACAAUGCAGGCCCCAGUAUGUCGGGGAGGUACCACCGCUCUAUGCCGUUUAUGCAGCAAAUGGAUUUCUCAGGGAUGGCAGUGUCAGCCUAUCCAGAUUUGUCAAGUCUUAUGGAUAUCGCAGGCUCUUCGCAGCAGUGCAGUACAUCUGGCUUUCAAUCACAAGUCCGGGGCAUGCCAGCCUCAGGCAGUCUGGUUGACUGCAACAGGACCCGCCCACUUGACUUCAACCUCAACAACCGAUCACUGCAGCCAGAAUUCCCUCCCAUGUCUUCCAUACCUUCCUUUCCAGGUAGUGGGCAUGUGCAAAGAGGGGGUGGCCCAUUUGCUCAGCAGUUCCAUUCUUCCUACUCGAACCACACACGUUUUCCAGAGACUUCAUAUCACUAUCCUGCUCCUAAGAACACACCAGGGUGGUGUACCAACUCUUUGUCAAAAUCCCAUUGUAGUGAUCAAGAUUCUCCACCGUUACCCACUGAGAAAACUACAAAAGCACAACUGGGAAAAAAGUCCAACAGCAGGUCUAAAAAGGACAAGAAACCCAAAUUCAAGAGAGUACGGUACAUCAAGCCUGGGUGUUCUGUUGUAUGUAGGAGACGUUGUAAGGAAAAGAUAUCUCAGAGUCUGAGAGAAGAUAUUUUUAAUGAAUACUGGAAUCUAGAAAGUGAUUCAAAAAAGAAAGAGUUCAUAGCAAACAAUGCUAUAAAAAUGCCAAUGAUGAAAUGCAAGGAAGGCUCCCGAAGAAGUUUCUCAGUAGAUUGGGCAUUCUCACUAAAGGGGGAAUCUUACUCUGUGUGCAAACUGUUUUUUCUGCACACAUUGGACAUCCCAGAAAACACUGCAUAUGCAGCUAUUAAAGAAAGUGCUUUUUUUACAAAUGACACACCUAUAAUUGACACCAAAGAGACUAAAAAUCCAUUAAAAUUGAAACCAACAUGGUUUGAAACAGAUCUUGAUGAUUACAGUUCACCACAGAAGAAAGGGAAUUCCAAGAAAAUAAGAGAAGCGUCCUUCUCUAAGAAAGAGAAAUACAUGGAAAUGAGAGCAGGCUGCACGUCUUGUCGUAGAAAUUGUCAAUCAAAGUUCACAAGAGAAGAACGAUUGGCCAUUUUCAAUGAGUAUCGUAGUCUGAGUAACAUUCGUAAACAAAGAGAUUACAUUGCCAAAUAUAUCAUCCGAACUGAGCGCAAACGCAUCAGACCAGGACUCACUACCAGAAGAGGAUGUUCUAUUGAGUGGUCUUUACCAUUAAAAGAAGAAAAUAUUUUAGUUUGCAAGACAUUUUUCCUCCAUACGGUUGGAAUAAGUGAGCGAUCUGCUUAUAAUAUUGGUCUUCAGAAUGAAAUCAAGCCUGUUGUUAGAACUGUUAAGAAUCCAAGAAAAACAUGCAAAACCGUUAUUACCUCAAAAAAAGCUAAAACUGCAAGCUCAAUAAUGGCUAAAGGAAAAUUAAAGUCAGCCUUGAGGCUUUCUAGAAAAAAGGUUGAGAAGAUAGAGAGUAACUGUAGUGAAACAGAAAUUGAAACAGAUGUAGGUGAAGAGGAUUAUUAUUCUGAUGCCUGGAAGGAGAACAAAAAGAAGAAAGGAAAAACAGUCCGCAAAAGGAAAAAACGGUCAUCAGAUAAGACUGUCAGAUUCAAGAAAGCCAAACUGAAGAAUGUGCAAAGUUCUGACUCUGAAGAUAACUCGUACAUUGUGAGACAGAAAAGGAAUCUUCGCUCCAAAAUUAGACUUGCUCCUUCUCUGUUUAACUUGCCCAUUAAAAAGAGGGAAAAUCAUAUUCAUCCUGCUGUUCCUGUUUUAAAAAUCAAAAAGGAAAGAAUAAUUCCUGUUGAACUGUCGGCCAAAAAGAAAAAGCGAAAUCCCUAUAAAAGAAAAGAAACUCCUACACAAAUUAGUUAUCCCUUAUGUCCUGAUGAUUGCCCAAAGAAAUGUAGGAAAAAUUUAUCGGAGGACAUUUGCAAGGAAAUCUUUAAUUCUUUCUGGUCUUUGAAAAAUAUGGAAGAACAAAGACAGUUUAUAUCAACUUGUGUGAGAAAAGAGGCAAGAGCCACAUGCAGUUGCCUCAUUGCAAGUAAAUUGAGGGAAAAGAGACGUGGAUACAAAAUCCAUUGGAAUCUCGAUUUUCGCGGUCUUGAAAUUCCUGUUUGCAAAACAUUCUUCAUGCAUGUAUUACAAAUAAGUGACAGUGUGGUCUAUAGAGCCAUUCGAAAUGAUAAACAGUUUGAAGCUAGGGGCCCUCCUCUACCUUGUAAGCACUUCACUGGGCAAUUUCAGACUCAAGGUUCACAUUCUGAUGCUUCUAAAGAUGUGACAAGAAGUGGAAAUCUAGCUGAGGAAUUGAAUGUCCAAAAACAAACAGAGAACAAGCCUGCUGAAAGCUCUGAAGUUAAUGAUACUGAAAUUUUGAUACGUGCGUUUUCGCCUAACUCAACACAAGUGAACAAAAGUACACCAGGAGUUCAAACUGCUGGAGAGGAGAAUUGUUCUGAAUAUCAACACUCCCAGGAAGUGACAUUUGAGUCUUGUGCUCAACAGACAGCUCAGGCUAUAAGUACUGAAACUCGACAGAAAAAUCAUCAAGCAGAAUCUUCAGUUGGAAACACUUUGUGUCAAAUUGAAGCAAACUAUGAGUCGCUGAUUCCCAGUCUUCAUGAAGAAGAAGCGUCAAGUGUGGAUCAAGUUAUUCCGUCCAUUUCUCUCCCCAUGCCUUCCCAGUCAGCCUUUCCUCAGUUCUGUCACAGUCUUCAAGUCACUGACACUAUGCAGCAACCUCCUCAAGGAAGCUUACACGUGGGAAACCCCACUGAACUAUGGCCGUCUAAGCCUUUGGACUCCUCGAGCCAUCCCUUGCCUAGCCAUCACAACAUGUCUGUCUUUCCAGCCUUGACUGACUAUCGCAUGGAUGCUGCUGUGGGAAAUUGUGUGCCUGGUACGUCUCGAGAGUUCUCGCAUUUUUUUCCAAUGGACAGCAGGCAUCAAAUUCGUAUGGGCUCACAAAACCACUUCUCCAACCCCACAUCGGCAUUUUCAUAUCAUCCAGCUGCUACAGAUAUCCCAACAACCUCCAUGAAUCAGGCAAUGCCAAUAUCUUUUGGCAGUGAGAUGAUGGGAUUUUUCCACUCCCAGAGAUUCCACGCUUUGAAUGUCCCAAUGCCAAGGGAAUGCACCUCUUCCAUGAAGCCUCAGAAUGCUCCGUUUAGUUUCAUAGAAGGAAGUUCUCGUAUGAAUAGUAGUAGCAGUGAAUCCUUAGUUCUACAGUCUCUUAGCAAUACUAAUAAUGGCAUUCCAUCAUCUGUACCUGUGAAUGGAGCAAAAUCAAAGAAAAGAAAAAAGAAGUCUGUCUCUAUACCCAAAUCAAAAGUUCCCAAAGUUCGCAACUCGAAAAGCACUAAGCGACGGGAAAAGAAACCAUUUACUAAGAGUGUGAAGCCUGGUUGUGCAGACGCCUGCAAAAGAAAAUGUGGAGCCAAAAUCCCAUGGGAUGCCAGAGAGACUCUUUUUAAAGACUUUUGGAACCUUGAAAAUGACACUAAGCGUAGAGAGUUUAUUUUACCAAUUGUGAAAAAAGUUCCAAAGAAAAGCUGCAGUGGUGUCAACAGUAGACGCUGUUGUACAAUAGAAUGGGGUGUGCCUUAUGCUGGAGAGCGUCAAUUAGUAUGCAAACGUUUUUUCUUAGAUACAUUUGACAUUGGUGAGAAGUUUGUCAAGACCAUCUUUGACAAAAUGGAAAAAUUGGGUGGCUCCAUGCAGGAUAUGAGAGGCAGACACUGUAAAAGAUCUUAUGUUUUCAUGCAGGAGCAAGAUGCAGUCGAGAGCCAUGUAAGAUCUGUGGCAACCUUGAAGGCCAUUCAGUGUAUACAGUGUAAGAAAGAUUUCACUCGCUGGUGUACUGAGCCAGGGUUGUCCAUGGCUCACUUUUACAAGACUUAUGCAGAGAAGAGAAAACUGGAGGGUGGAAAACCUGCCUGCCGCGCAUCAUUCACAGACAUCUGUACAAAGAAAUUCAACAUCAAAAUGAGCAUGCUGAAAGAGGACAUGUGUGAUCAGUGUACAAGCUUACUCCCACCCGUGCCCGAGGAGGCUUCAUCUACCAUUUCAUUACAAUAAAUCUCAGUCUUGUCCAGUUCAACUGAAUAGAUUUCCUGUAUAAAUCUAAUUCAAUGCAAUAGACUAUCUUGAUAUGAUUAAGUUUCAUCUUUUAAUUAUAUAUGUCACCUGUGGUUAUUGGCUGUCUCUUCAUCUCUCUCUUCAACAUUGGCAGCUACUCAAAAUGAACUGCAUAGCAGUUCAAUGGGUAGUUAAAGUUUUUGUUAAUGCGUGCGCUCAUCAGCACAAUUAAAAUCAUGUAGGUGACAGGUUGCUUCAACCCUGCAUGUCAGAGCCAACUCUGGAUGGUGGGAUACUUCCUUGCAUGAAUACAGAAAUAGGAUAAGAUAUUUUUUUCUCCUGAAAAUCUAACUCUUGCUUGCUUUGCAUGCAAGAUGAAGAGUCUACCAUUACACCACAGUGACUGUUGACUUGUUUUGAAAAAUACUAAUUAAUUAAUCAAGAGGACUUAUUAAAGGAAAGGGGCUAAAAAUGAAUGCUCUUUAUCCUUACUUCCUCAAAUAUUCAUCAACAAUGUCUCGCUAACUUACCAAGCGAGCCCAUGAAAAACCCAUGUUCAUUUUUAAGGAAUUCUCACACGGGAACUCCAAACCCAACCCCAUGCAAUAAUCUUUUAUCUCGUGUGGACUGGAAAUAAUUAAAAAGGUUCAAGAAAAGGAGUGGUGCAAGUUAAUGAGAAAAGACCACUACAUCAUUUUUUUUCAUUCAAGAGUCUCGAGCAUGGGAAGAUAAAAUUGUGGAUGGGGUGAUAUGAUAGCUGAAUCCAACUAGAGUAACUGUAUUUACAAAUACUUUCAAUUGAAAUCCAGGGGUAUUUUUUUGUUUUGAAUUGUUAGCAAAUCCAUAAUAAACAUAUAUGUGCUUUGUUUGUUUAAAAAAAUAAUGUCUCAUAUUGAUUUCUCGUUAUGUUUAGUCUUUGGACUCUAACUUUAAGGCUGUGUUUUAUGUAUUUGAUUCCUUUCACCAUUUUCUGUAUGUGUUUUGACGACAAUCACAGUGAAGGAAUAGUUUUCGCCUCCAUUUGAACUUUCAGAUUCCAAUUGAGAGACUACCCCUGAGAUUGAGAAACUUGUGGGUUUUGUUUUUUCUGAGUUCUGAAAUUUACUGGAGUCCUACCUCUUAAGUUAUAAUUUAGCCCUUAGACAAAGGAUUGUAAUCUAAAGAAAUGAAAGCUAUGUUGAUAGCUGAUUAUUGUUUACUUGAUGUGAAUUGUUCAGGAUAUAAAUGAAAGAAACUGAACUGUAUGAUGAGUUUGUUAUGCUGUCGGUGGGCUCUGAUUUUGCUUGAGGCGCUGCCUUCAUCCAUAUAGUUGGUUGUGUAUAUUUGACUUUCUUAGGUUGUGAAAAUAAGCUGUGUUAUGUAUCAAAUAAAUUACAAUGAAACUUAUUCAGCUCAUCCUACCUUGAUAGAAACUAACUUUCAGCUCAGGGUCCUGACAGGGAACCCGGUCCCUCCUUUUGUUAAAUGUGGGUUUUUUUCUUGUGAUUGAAAUUGAAUUAGUUUUGUUGAAGACUUUCAGUUUGUUCAGUGCAUGAAAUUCCUUCCUGCAGUGGUCAUUAUGUCUGUAUUCGUUGUAUGUUUUUCAGUUGUUUUAAUAGAUUUAUUACCCUACAGUAUCAGGCUGCUGAUUGUGUGUAUAUUCAUGUAGAGAUGCAUUCUUUUUUACUUCAACUGUUUCAUGUGAGAUCCCAUGUGUGCUAAAUGUGGCACCCUCUUUAGUAGUAUCAUCAUGGUCAUAGUCAUAGGCUGUGCUUGUUGUCGACAAGCUGAUAGAAUGUAUCAAGCCAUUCAAGCAAAAUUUUACUGGAAAGAGAAGAAACUGCUUCAUUUUUUAAACAAUAAAUAAUUGUACCAACAUUAUUAUGUAUUUUUUCUUGAUGUUUUCAAAUUAAGUGUUUGAAUUUCAACAAAAUAUUUCUUGAGGACAGGCAACCUAUGCCAUAGAUUAGGAACUGCAAUAAUUUCAAAUUGUGGGCUUUAACUUUAACAACAGCAGGCCGGCGUUCCUCUUUUUCAGGACAGAGAGAGCGAAAGAGGGAAAUUAUCUUGUUUAAAAACUCAUUAGUUAACAGAAGGACAUAACCCAUUUUUGGUUGUCAAUAUUUUUGAAUGAUUUGUCUUCACUUUUACAUUUUAGUACAGUGGGUGCCGCAUUCAACGAGAUCACAUUCAACAAGAAGUCGGCUCCAACGAGGCAAUCCUUAAUCCCGAUUUUUCCCUCUUUAUCUCUUUGUAAAUGUACGUCAGCUCCAGCGAGGUUGCAAACAGACAGAAGUAGGUUUCAACGAGGUUGUGAUAACCAAAUGAAAGCAAUUACCGGCCCAAAAUGCGAAGAAUUUUCCUCCUUUCUCUCCAUCUCACGGGAAGCACAAACAAGGCCCAUCCUCGAUUCCCAAAACAUUGUAUUGCUAGAUCUAGGCCUAGGGUGUCUCCUAAUAUGGACCCCAAAGCCAAGAGGAUUGGUGAGGAUUAGCCUACGGUAGGGAUGGGAGGGCGUGGGUGGGAAUGCAAUGCGAGCUGUGUGAUACUUGAUGAACUUUCUAGAUCGAGUCCUUCAUUUUUUUCAAUUUUCUUUUCUUCCCCUGAUCAGAAAAUCCAAGCUCCCGCCAUUACCUUAUGUAGAUCUAGGUAUGUUUUCACACGAGAAGUGUUUCAGAAAAAAACAAA